AUGGUGGCCUGUGGUUCAUCUCUGAGCGUUCCCGAGCUGCCCUCGAGCUGUAUGCCACUCGAUGAAUUCCACCCGUUCAUCGAGGCGCUCUUGCCUCACGUCCGCGCCUUCUCGUACACCUGGUUCAACCUGCAGGCCGCCAAGCGGAAGUAUUUCAAGAAACAUGAGCGGAGGAUGUCACUCGACGAAGAACGUCGAUGCAAAGAAGAACUUCAGAACGAAAGGUCCGAAGUCAAGCAUAAAUGGGCGAGCCGUCUUCUCGGGAAACUGCGAAAAGACAUCACCCAGGACUGCCGGGAGGAUUUCGUGCUUGGCAUCACCGGAGCGAAACAGCGGCGUCAGCUCUGCGUUCUUUCGAACCCCGAUCAGAAGGGCAAGAUGAGACGAAUCGACUGUCUGAGGCAGGCUGACAAAGUGUGGAGACUGGAUCUUGUCAUGGUGAUCCUCUUCAAGGCGAUCCCGUUAGAAUCAACCGACGGGGAGCGUCUUGAGAAGAGCCCACACUGUCGGCAUCCGAACCUGUGUGUCAAUCCGUAUCACAUCAACGUCUCCGUCAGAGAACUCGACCUCUACCUCGCGAACCACAUCCGACACCACGACGCACUUCUAGGACUCAGUGUUCCGGAUUCUGAAAAAGACGACUGCUGUGAUGAAGAUGACACACUCUAUGCGAAUGGAGUUUUCAACUCUGCCGAACUGUACCGCCUCGCACGCACUACGAUCGUCGCUGAAGCAGCUGGAAGCUCAUCCAACAGUGGGAGCUCGGUGACCAGCUCCCAGCCAAUAAUCAAGUUGGAACCCCCAAACACGGGUAGUUUCUUCCAGCAGAGCGCCUACGAAAGCUCCGUUCUCGACCAUCGACAAGUCAGACCGGUUAAAAGGGCACGUAGAUCAUCGCAUCAGACCAGCAACUCACAAGCAUCCUCCGCGAACCAAGGUCAGUUCUGCGAAGCCGGUCUGCAGCUCACCGACUCCUCGGGACAGCCGGUCGUCCAACUCUAUUGCACGAGCCAGAACGGACCUUUGGGCGGACCUCAGGGCCCUUGGCUCGACGCAUCCAACGACAACGGUCACGGGCAACAGGGCGGCUUCUAUUUGAGCUCGCAAACGAAGUACCAUCCGGAAAACGGACAGCCCGACAGCACUUUCAGCGAUUUCGUGAAUUUGGUCUGCGAAGCGGGCACGCCCGGCUCUCCCACCCGAACGAGGGGGGCCAGGCUUCCCCAAUUCUAUGGCCAACCGGGAGGAGUGCCCAUGUUACCUCCACCUCCACCUGCGCCGAUGGCUCGACCUGUUACGAUUAUCAGAGCACCGGGCGGUGAGCUACCGCAUCAGAGUCCGUCCCCACCCGUCAUGCCCGAUACACCCGAGCAUAGCACGACUUCGGGGGAAAGUCCUCCAGAAAUCUCAUCCUCCGUAGCUUGUUCACUUUCGCAAGACCUCCCGAUGGUCGGCUCAUCGGACAGAGUGCAAUUUACGAUGGCUGGCGCGAGCGGUCAGAUCUACGCCGCUUAUCCCGACUCAGAGCCUCGGUGGGCGGCAAAUCAGCAGCAGUGCUUCCUUGAAGAUAACGUCGACUAUGGAUCCGUCAUGUCUGGGCUUAUGGAUAACGAGCGACGUGUUGAGUUCUGCCUCAAAGCGGACGACACCUUUGUUGACAAUCAACAAUUCUCACCAAGCAAGUCGCCCAUGAUCAAGACGGAGGCCGACGAGGCAGCGUGA